AUGGCCUCAAUCGGGAGGAUCACAGGAGCCCUUAUUAACGGCACCCUUGAGCCCAGUGUUGCUCUUGCUAAUUUGAACUUCGACUUCACCUUGGUCAAAGUCGAAAGUCCGCGCGAGUUCGCUGACGUGGGCAGCCAAUUAUCUGCCCAGCGACGCAACAAUGCAGAAGCUGGCCCGUCUCAUGUCUUAGCCCGGAAGCUGGGGGCUUUAUUUCGAGACGUAGUACCUCCAACACCGGAACUUGUCAAGGCGUACGGGACUCGAGCAUCUUCUAUAUUCAACUCGACUGUAGCCCAGAAUCAAGGGGGUGCCUUGCAUGGUUUCUUUGCCGAUGUCGUGGGUGCGGAUGCGACUUCCAUGUGGGCAGCCGCUACAUCAGGAAAACAUGCAAUCGCCUGCCAUCUCCUCGCUUGUUUGCUGGCUCGGAUAUGGGAUGCGACCGAGGCCGUCUCGCUUUGGAUGGAAUUAAUUACGCGACGAAAGCGGGAGAUCAAUUCCGAGAAUGAGGAAAUGGGUGACCCGGCGCUCGAAAUGGUAUCGCGUGAGAGUUUCCAACGAAAUGAACUCGCGGACUGGGAUGCCAGUGCCCGGGCAUGGCUGCGUGUGGCCGACUCAGCAAUGGCACUUCAGCAGACGCAGGUUCGAUUGAUAUUGGAUAAUAUCGCUCUACCCGUCAAUUACAAAGCAGACACGUAUGAAAGUAUUAUAGAGGCGUGGAAGUCAUCGCUUCAGCAAAUGGAGAGGCUUCUGGUCGGACACCCACAGGAGGCUCGGGACGGGGCCAUUAUUCUGGGACUCACGGCGAAGGGAUUUACUGGUCACUACCUCUGCGUUAUCUGCGACAUUAUGGACUCCCAGUACCCCUCAAACGGAGCCUCCACAGCGGCGAAGGAACCCGAAUUAGUAUUAAUCAACUGCUCCUGGCAUGGACCGCAGCAUACACACAACCCUGGAACGAUGGUGCCUGAGAAGAAGGUACUGGAAAAACUAUGGAAGUUGGGCGAAACCCACUGCCCUAUGUUCCGUGGUUCGGAACCCUUUUUCAAUUUUUUUACUCUGAAUAAUUUCUUACGCACUGCCAAGAGUCUGGAACACAAAAUUGAGUGCUUUCGGGAGAUUGUCAAGCCUAUCAAGAGCUCUGAUUUUCUCAUUCGUUAUAAAUAUGCUUAUGAUACGAACUCAACAGAGGAAUAUGAGUAUGCAACGGCCGUCCCGCAGGUAAAGCGGUUGCUUUCUGGAGAAAGCAAAAAGAAUCAUACGCGAUGGAUACGGAAACGCCCGGCAGCUCGUGAAGAGCGAUCGGACGAAGCCGAGCAAGUGGAAGAUAAUAUUUCUCUAAUUAUUGACGAAGAUCUAUUUGCCGACGAUCCAUGGGCUGAACAUCAUGUGUUAGUCUCGAGUGAUGAUCAUCACAAUGAUACUUUGGUUGAGGUUUCGCCACAAAACGCGGAAGAGCAGACCAUCAAAAACGUGAUGGAAGCGCGUGAGACGCAGUUGCUCUUGUUAGGGGAAAGCGUUGAAUCUGUAGAAUCGUUACGGGGGUAUGAGAACGCCAGUUGUACACACGUGUUAAACCCCGAGAGUAUGGCAGGAUGGUAUGUUACUGUACAGGGAGAUGAGAGCUGCCAGCUGCUUAGGCGACUUCAACUGCGAGUAGAAAGCUCGUAUGAUUACCAGUUUGCAAAAGUAGCUCUCGAGGCCAUAGACGACAAAACUAUCAAGGAUGCAGAGGCGGAUUUUGAAUUCAAUGUCAAUUUCACCACCGAUAUCAAGCGGAAAAUUUUCAGUCCAUCUAUUGUCUCUUUUGAGGAAUUUGCUAAACUUCUGUCGAAAGAGCUCUCACUCCUAGACCCUAGCCUAGUGAUUUUACGUGGCAUUUCAACAAUUAUGACAUUAUUUGAGAGCUCACAGUCAGCUACUGUCGACGUUAGAUCGGUGAAACUAAACCUGGCCAGCGCACACUGGCUUUUAACUGCAAAUUGGGAAAGUCACCAAGAAACCUCCACUGGCCAACCCGAGGUGAUAAGUCAACAAAUAGGUCCUAUUGAGUUGGACUACGCAGCCAGUUUUGCAUGCAUUGCCAUGAUGGAAACCGGCAGAUUUAACCUGGAUCCCGGAACGCUCGAAAGUGUGACGGCUUUGUCUUCUGGAGAUUCCUUGUAUGUGCCAUCGAGUUUGCUCCGUGACCCGGUUGACGACUUGCAGCUAUUUCGCAUUCAGCGCUUGACCGGAAAUAUUGGUCGUGCUGGUAUAGCAUUCCUCGUUCCACCAAGGGACCCAAUGAUAAAAGCUUACGAUGCCUUGAAUGAUUGGCAGCUAAUCGACCACGCUGAUUUUGAUGGACAGCUACAGAACAAUUUUUCUUCUACGUCGUUGCAGCUCUCCUUCACAGAAGCUAUUUUCCCUCUCAAUGUGGGAUUUUCAGGAGGAGUAGAUAUUGAAGCCUACUUUCUCGAAACUUUGGUUUCUGUCUAUGACUCGGGACAAUGGGUGGCUGAUCUAGAUGUUCUGAAAGCUCUAGAAAAAUUAGACUUCAUCUUCGAAGCCUCCCUCAUUUCGGCGGAAAUCAAGGCAGACUACCCCGCAGGGUACACCAUCCGGCCCCUCGCUCGCGACGACUACAAGCGAGGUUUUUUCCAAUGUCUCCAAGCUCUCACUUUUACCGGAGAGAUCUCUGAAGCUCAGUAUCUUGACCGAUUUGAUUGGCACAAAAACCAUGGACAGGGGUGGUAUUACUGCGUUGUCAUUGUGGAAGACGCAACGGACCGCAUUGUCGGUACGGGCACAGUAGUCGUGGAGAGGAAAUUUAUUCACAACCUCGGAAUCAGCGGUCAUAUUGAGGAUAUCUCAAUCACAAAGGAUCAUCAAGGCAAACACUUUGGCCAGAAGCUAAUCAAGACAUUGGAUAGCAUUGCCGUCAACGUGGGUUGUUAUCAAAGCAUUCUCAAUUGCUCCUUAGCGAAUGCGGGCUUUUAUGCCAAAUGUGGUUACACGGAACAGUCUCUGGAAAUGUCUCAUAUCUAUCCGGAGACUAGGGCUGCGUUUGAAGAGGCCAAGAGAGCAUACGAGCGCAGCAAGAAUGCUUCGGCUUAG